UUUAAAUCAGUUUUUUUUAGUGUUAAACGGUGCGUUUCAUUAAAAGAAGCUUCAUCUUUAUCGGUUAAUCUCUUCUGUCCCAGACAACUCUUGUCUUCUUCUUGUUCAACGACUCAACGAGAGAACCCAAUCACCAGAUAUGUCCUCGUUCUUCAAGGAGAAGUCUUCAUCUUUACCGAUUUAGCCAUUCCCACACACUUGUCUCUCUCUCGUGAUCCUUCUCCUUCUUCCACGUCUCUCCUUCAUCUCCAUACUCAAGCGGCGAUCUUCGGUUCCAAGCAUAAUUUAAAGGAAACCCAGUUGAGAAUUCCUCCAGCUUCUUUCAGUAUAAUAAAAACUGCCAACUUGCGAAUGAUGGCUUCAGGAAAGACACCUGGACUGACUCAGGAAGCUAAUGGGGUUGCAAUUGACAGAGAAAAUAACACUGAUGUAUUUGACGACAUGAAACAGCGGUUCCUUGCCUUCAAGAAGCUUAAGUAUAUGGAUAACUUAGAACACUACAAAAAUCUGGCAGAUGCUCAAGCUCCAAAGUUUCUGGUGAUUGCUUGUGCAGACUCUAGGGUUUGUCCUUCUGCCAUCCUUGGAUUUCAACCGGGUGACGCAUUCACUGUUCGUAACAUUGCUAAUUUAGUACCUUCAUUUGAGUCUGGACCUACUGAAACCAAAGCUGCUCUCGAGUUCUCUGUGAAUACUCUUAAUGUGGAGAACAUCUUAGUCAUCGGUCAUAGCCGCUGUGGUGGAAUUCAAGCUUUAAUGAAAAUGGAAGACGAAGUAGAUUCCAGAAGUUUCAUACAAAACUGGGUAGUUGUGGGGAAGAAAGCAAAGGAAAGCACUAAAGCUGUUGCUUCAAACCUCCAUUUUGAUCAUCAGUGUCAACAUUGUGAAAAGGCCUCCAUAAAUAAUUCAUUAGAAAGGCUGCUUGGUUACCCGUGGAUAGAAGAGAAAGUGCGGAAUGGAUCAUUGUCUCUCCAUGGUGGAUACUAUAAUUUUGUUGAUUGUACGUUUGAGAAAUGGACGGUCGAUUAUGGAGCAAGCAGAGGUAAGAAGGAAGGCAGUGGAAUUGCUGUUAAANAAUUUCUAGGCUUUUUGAUUUGGGAUUGCUGA